AGAUCCACCCCUCCGGUGGGUUAAAGCUCCUCUGGCUCGAGUCUCUAUCGACACAUCAGACUGAACUCUCACACAGACACAAUGUUCGUCAUUAAACUCUGUUUCAUCAGCACCUGCCUGAUCGGACUCGUGCUUCUGUGCUCUGCAGUCCCUCUGCCCACCGACGCCUCAGAGAUGGACAACACCACACAUCACGGCAACGAUUCCGCCUUCCUGUACUUUGCCUAUGGAAGUAAUCUCCUGAAGGAGCGUCUACAGCUCAAGAACCCGUCAGCAAGCGUUUACUGCGUGGCCAAGCUGAAGGACUACAAGCUGGUCUUUGGAAACCCCAAAGGGCAGGAAAGCCAACGCUGGCAUGGGGGUGUGGCCACUAUCGAGCACAGCCCGGGGGAUGAGGUGUGGGGUGUGGUGUGGAGGAUGAACAUAUCCGACCUGGAGUCCUUGGACAGACAGGAGAGUGUUAAACGAGGGACGUACAGCCCGAUGGAGGCGUCCGUCUCCACCAGCGACCAGGACUUCAACUGUCGCUCUUACAUCAUGAACAGCUGUGUGCACGCUCCACCAUCUCCACAGUAUCUGCAGGUGAUCGUGAUGGGGGCGGAACAGAACGGCUUACCAGAGGACUACCAAGAGAAGCUCAGGUCUAUUGAAACCAACAAAUACGAGGGUUCUCUGCCUGUGAUGAAAGAACUGUCGAAAGCUGUGAAGAAAUCUAAAGAACGUAAAGAAGAGACGCUAUCUGAUGAUUAGUAUUAGAUCCACUCGCUCUCUAUGUGCAUCAGCUGUAUUGAAGAUUCUAGAUCUGUCUUUUCAUGAAAAUCUAGUCACGUCAAUCACUUAUGUGCAGUAUUUGUACUGUAUGGCAGCAAAAAUUAAACUGCAUUAAAGAUC